GUCAAGAGAACGCGCGACACGGAGCACUGUCAAAUAAAUACAGGUCGAUACACAUCUCCUAUCUUUUCUGUACUCCUAGUACUCCUGAAUUGUAUUGGCAAUGAAAAUCUGUUUGGUUUUCGUAUUAUUCGGCUGUGUCUGUGCGUGGACCUCCGGAAUGUUAUACAGAAGAGAUGCGGAUAACGUUUUGAAACCUGAUCUCCUGCCGGUCUCAUCGACGGUGGUUCCGCUGCCGUUUUACUCGGUUUACGGAUACGAAAAGAAACUACUCCGCGAAAAGGAUAAGAAACGACCCGAGGGUAAAAUCUCGCUAGUCACCAAACAACAGGAAUAAAAACUGCAAUCAGUGGGCCAUUAGGGGGGUGGAGGGUUGAUUUUUCCGCCGUAAGGCUGUCUGUCCACCGGAGCGGAGCGAGGCAGCGGAACGGAGAAACUGAAAAAUGUUAACCAAUAAGAUUGCACAAAAUCAUUUUGCAAUCUUAUGAUUUUG